AUGGCAGGUGUCCACACCAGAGCCACCAUGGUCGGCCACUUCUCUCUGGCAUCGGCCUUCCGAAAUCUCUCUUUAUCGGCCCCGAAGCGCUCGUUCUCCACAACAUUCGCACCGCAAACCACCAGGCAACUCCCCGAGCACAUCCCAGCCUACCCCUUCGGACCCAAACAAUGGUACAAGCAAGCCGACUCAGGUCUCUAUGGUGGUGCUAUGAUCCGCUUCGGUAACAAGAUCUCCAAGGGUCGCAACGAGGGCAAGACACGACGAAGCUGGAAGCCCAACGUUCGCCGCAAGAAGAUUCCCAGUGAGGCGCUUGGUGAAGAUCUUUUCAUUAAGGUUACUCGCCGGGCUCUCCGUACAAUCAUUAAGGAGGGCGGACUCGACAACUACCUCCUCAGCGACAAGCCGGCCCGUAUCGAGGAGCUCGGCAUGUUCGGAUGGGAACUGCGAUGGAAGGUUAUGCAGACUCCAGUCAUCCAGGAACGAUUCCGGGAAGAGCGCAAGAGACUUGGUCUUCCAGAACCCAAAUCAUUUGAGGAGUGGAUGAAGAGCAAGGAGGCGGAGAUUCAGGCCAAGAUUGAGGAAAGGCUUAACAUCAAGGAGAUCACGAGGCCCCACAUGAAGGGCAAGGUUGACCCUCAGCGACUUGCACAGCUUACCCAGUUUCCUGACGCUGAGAAGUAA